UGACCAGAUACCCGCCACAGCAAAUCCUCCUCGAGUUCUGUUGCAGAAAAUGUCUCUCACUGCAUAUUAUACCGAGCAGGCAGAUCAAGAUAACCUGUUGUCCUACUUCGACAAGAGUGCUACGCUCGUCCGACAGACAUUUUUGCAUUAUGAAAGCAAAUAUGCACGCCCUAUCAUGCGAUCAGUCGUACAGUCUUUCUACGACCGACCCAUUCUUUCGACACUUCUCGCCAUUUUUGCAAUCUUGAGCCUUCUUCCCACGCUUUCCUUCAUAGGAUUUGCCCUUUUCAUACUCGCGUCCUGUUUUAUUAUCUGUCUCGGGUGCUUCCUCGUCGCCAUCUCCGUGAUCGCAUUUUUUGGAAUGUUCUUCGUGGCCUCGCUUCUUGCCACGCUCGGUGUCUCUGUGUUCCUCACCGCCUUUGGUGUUGGCGGAUACUCCGUUCUGCAAAUGGCACUCCUUGUACGAGCCGACGGGCCUCGUGCAGGCAUCAACGGUUGGAUGCAACAGAACAAGCAGCACUUGUUCGCCUCCAUGCCUGCAAAGUCCGAGUUUGACGCCCAAGAUUAUCCCGAAACGGAGAAAAACGGCGAUGUGCUGCAUGGCAUAACGACAGAAAGUAUUGUUGCAGAUAAUUCUAAGGCGAUGGGAGGCACAGUGUCGGAGGUUGUGGACAACGAUUCCGGGGAGCACUCACUAAAAGAGGAAGAGAGCAACUGAUGUCUGCAGCCCGUAGAUUGUUUGUAUCGAGAAUGUUAUGUCGCCAGUUGAGAACUUAUACCCUCGGACUAUAUGGUCUGGAUCCAUGCAUGUACUACCUCGAGAUCCCACGCCCAAACGUCUGUUCGCGCAUACCACAUACGACAGGAAUAACACAAGGGUUCGUUACACGAG